AUGGCUCACAAGUGGACUGCUGAAGACUUUUGCCAUGAGCUCCAGCAUGUUGCCAACCUCUUGGUGAAGCGGCCCAACUCUCAAAUGGGAGAAGCUUGCUUGGUUUCUUUGAAGCAGAGGCUCACCAAUGUUACUGACAUGACUGCUAGCACAUUGUCUGCUCUCUACGACAAAGUGGAAGCUGCUGAGUUGCCUCAAAAUAUCAAGGAUGAUAUUUUGCAGACAAUGGAUAGCUUGUCAGUGUCCACAGAGAGCAACCUGCAACUGGAAACCAAAGCUUCCUCUCUGCACUGCUUGCCUCCUUACCUCACCACUGCUGACUGGAAGGCUUUGUCUCAAUGUCACGUUUUGGAUGCCAUGAGAAUCAUUUCUGAAAGAAUGAAGAAAUUGGGCAUCAAGUCCAUGAAGGAAGAGACAAAGAAGACUGCAGUGGCCACACUUCUGCACUUGCAUGUGACUGUGCACAAGAACCCAUUGCCUUGUGCUUGGACCAUCUAUGGAAUGGUUGUGGACUUGGCUCAGGUUUUCAACCAUACUGAGGUUGGUCAGUCAGUUCCUGGGUUGAAAAUGUACCCUAGCAGCCCAAGCCAAUUGGCAAAGGAUUGGUUGAAGAAGGCCUAUGGAAAUGAAGAGCCUUCAAUGUCUGACCUUUCUGUGGCCACCUUCUACCCAAAGAUUCCACUGAGGUCCACUUCGAGCUUGCUUUGGGCUGAAGCACCAGCUCACUGCAAGCACCUUCAGAAGGGGAAUGCCAAGAAGGAGCAUGCAGAUCCUUUGAUGAGCAAGCUCAAUGACUUCAUGGAGAAAUGGGACUCCAAGCAGGACCAAGAAAAGUUGCAGAACAUGCAACACAGCAGAAUGAACCCACUGCCUUUGCAGAAUACUGGUCAGCAGGCCAUGUCAGGUCUGCCUGGAUGGCCUGUGCAGCCCAGUGCUGGGUCCAGACCUGACCAUGCUGGACCUUUGCCAUUGCAAAAUGGCACACCUGCUGCUGAGGCUGUGGAGACCAAGGCCAAUGACAAACCUUCAUUGGAGGAGAUUGAGACCAAAGCUUGGGAAGCUUUGCAAAAGAAAAGUUCUUUGGCAGCAAUACUGGACCAUAUUGCUGAGCAUGGGCUGCCAGAACUCAAUAAUCGCAAGCAAAUGAGAGAAGCAGCUGAGCAACAGCUCAAAGCUUCAGCAACCUAUGGGCCUGCUAUUUUUCACAAAAACUUCCUGAAGAGCGAUGGAGGUACUGUCUCUCUCCCCAUGGUGAAUUUCUACACUGCAUUGAGUGCUGCAUGCAAAGUGAAGGGUAGUUUUUCCCAGUGUUUGCUUUCAUCCUUGGCUGGUAAACCUACUGGAGUAGACACUCCUUGGAACCUGAUUCUUUACAGUGAUGAAUGCCUCCCUGCCAAUGCUUUGGGGAGAGCUGCAAAGAAGGUUUGGGUUGUCUAUGCUGCUUUCAAGGAAUUUGGUCGGCAAGCUUUGAGCCAUACUCAGCAUUGGCUGGUUUUGGGCAUUGUCAGGAGCUCCAUUGUGGCCACCUUGGAAGGUCACAUGGGUCAAGUGAUGAAGGUUCUUUUGGAACACAUAUUUAGCAACAAUGUAGCUUCACCUUUGGUAGGUGUUCUUCUACAUGGUCCUGGCAGUGAACUCAUCAGAUUGCAUUUUCAAAUUGGCUUCUUUGUGCAGGAUGGUGCUUCUCAGAAAGUCACUUUUGGACUGAAGGGGGAUUCAGGCAGCAAUUAUUGCUUGAAAUGUUGUGAUCAAAUUGUGUUCCUUUUAGAAGCUGAGGAGGAUGAGGAGAAGGCAGUGCUCAAGACCAUUUGCAAAAAGGACAUGGUUUUAACAACUGAUGAAGAAGCUUUGAAGAGCUUUGACCGCCUCAGUGCCAAGAAGGGUGUUUGCACCCCUCAAGAGUUUCAGCAGUGGGAGCAAUGCACUGGUUGGACUUUUUCACAUGAAGGUAUUUUGGCUUCCCCAUGCUUGAGAAAUUGGCUGCAACCAUGUUCGCAAUAUGUUCAUGACUACAUGCAUGGCAUGGCUUCCAAUGGCUGCUUGAACAUUGGUAUGUUUUUGGUUCUGGAGCAUUUGCAAUCUGAAGGGCUGCCAGCUUGGAGUGCCAUGCUGGACAUGAUCAGCAUGUGGCACUUCCCACAGGCUUUGCACAAGGUAGGUUCCAUCAUGAUGGCGGAGGACGAAGAGGACGCAGAUGAUCCUGAGGCUGAUAGCCUGGACUUCGGCUUCCUCAUCAGCUCUGGUUUGUCUGACGAAGGCCUGGCAGUGAUCGAGGCCGCAGAAGAUCAAGUGCAAGAAGCAAUGGCAGCGAUAGAGAAAAAUCGCCGCACCUUGAAAGAAGCCAGAGCUCGUCAGCACUUUGUGAAGAUGAGCCGCCAGUACUACAAGAGCACCUCCAAAGGCAAGGGUCGAGGAAUGUCAACCAGCACAUACCGAGAGGAGCACUCCGGCAUCUACAAGUGUCUUCGAUGUGGCGGAAGCCACAAGACGUCGCAGUGCCCACAAAAAGAGCAGAAAGCCAACACUGUGGACAAGGAUGCAGAGGCACCUUUUGUAUGUUACGUUGACACUCCUGAAGAUCAAGCCUGCAUGACAGCAAGCACUAUCACCACCCAAGAAGCGAUGCAGCAAGGAAAAGCAGUCCUGGAUGGAGGCGCCACCAGAACUCUGGCCAGUGUAGCAGCUGUGGAAAGAAUCAUGGAGAUCAAUGCGGCUUCCAAGGGCAAUGACGGCAUCAAGUCAGUGAACCCGCAGGAAAGGCCAGUGUUUGGUUUUGGCAAUUCCUCUACUGAUCGCUGUUUGAGCACCGUCACUCUUGGCAUCCAAGCUGGUGGUCGAGAAGGACAACUGAGAGUGCACACCCUAGAUCGGGGGGAAGGUCCUCUGCUGUUUUCCAUAGAUGCUUUGAGGUCAUUAGGUGCCAUAGUAGACUUCUCACAGGACUUGGUUUGUUUCCGAAAGCUGGACAGCCAACGUGUGAUCCAGCUUGAGAGGUCUUGUACAGGCCAUCAGUUGCUGCCCCUCACAGAAGAUCUUUUCUCCAAGGCUCAGAGCACCAGCAAACCGGUGCCUGUCAGCCCCAGCAUGCCACGCAUGUCCAAAGACGAGAUGAUCUCCGAGAUGGCCCGAUUGGGCGAGAUGCCACCGAAAGAGUGGACCAUGAUGGAGAUCUCAUUGCGACUGGACGAGCUUCGCAUGGAGCACGGCCUGACACCCAUGAGCGAGGGCAAGAGCAAGACCCCCUUGCGCAAGCUCGUGAUCCAGCUGAACGAAGCUUCCAAACGCAAAGCCAACUUGGUGGAGUUUGCCCAGAAACAGCUUCAGGUCCCAAUGAAUGGCAACGAGACCAUCCAGAGCCUCCAGCGUCGCUGCCUCCUCAAGAUUUACGAGGUGACGCCAGCAUGUGGGGAGGACCCAGUGGGUUUCGGCAAACACUCCUCUCUGAGUUACCACGAACUGAUGACCACCCAGAAAGAGUACGUCCAAUGGGUGAUCAACACAACUCAGGAGAACAUGGAGGGCCAGACUUGCGACCCUCGCCUUCAGCGUUUGGGACUUUGGCUGAUGUCACAGCUCGAGAAGUCCAAGAUGGUUCCGCACCAGCCAAAGACAGAGCCAGUUCCAGAGGCCCUUUUGAUCGAGAAGGGCUACCGCAAGGUCAAGACAGAGAAGGGCAAGAUCGCACCUUCCGAGACAUCAUCCGUCACCGGCAGUGUCACCAGCUCUCAGCUCCAGGCCACCCACCAGCUGAUUCAGAAUCUGGCCAGCGCAGUGGUGGAUUUGAAAGAGGAAGUGAGUGCGAUCAAGCAGGAACGCCCCCGCAAGGAGGUCAAGAAGGAGGAAGAGAACUCAAACGGCAGUAAGGUGAUGUCUAUUCAAGAACAGCGUUUUGUGGAACAAACGUCAAACCAGAUGUUGCCCAGUGCUCUGCAGUCCUUGGCACAUGCAGGCCAUGAGGUGAAACACGAAGUUGUUGACACUGAAGGUCAUGAGGCGCAUGCAGGUCAUGAAGUUCAAGAACAUGUCAUGGCGGUUCAGGGUUGUAAGAGGGAUUUUCCCCAAGGGUUGACCACCAAAGAGAUUCAGAAACGACUUUAUUUGCUGCAUGCAGCCACGGGACAUGGGCCGGUGAAACACCUUGUUUUGGCGUUGAAACGAAGGGGUGCUCCUGAACAUGUGAUUAAAGAGGCUGAACAAUUUAAAUGUUCGGUGUGUCAUGAGAGAAGCCAACCAAAACCCAGAAAUCAGUCUUCGCUGGAACCCCAGCCUCGGCGUCUCGAAGUUUUGUCCGCAGAUGUUGGACACUGGGUUCACCCCGUCAGUGGUGAGCAUCAACAGUUUUUGUUAAUGGUGGAUGAGGGUUCCAGAUUUAGGGUUGCACGUCACUUGCACACGGGUCAGCAGAAACACAUCUCAGCCACGCAGUUUAUCAGUACUCUCAAGGAAGCCUGGUUUGAAUACUUUGGUAUUCCCCACACCUUGCGUGUGGACCCGGAUGGAGCAUUUCGAAGCCAUGAACUGGGAGCUUUCUGCGAUCAAAAUCGCAUUUUUCUGGACAUGAUACCAGGUGAAGCACACUGGAAAAACGGAACAUGUGAGAAAGGAGUCCAGGGUUUGAAAGAACUGAUGUACAAGCUGGCGAGUGAUUUUCCUGAUGAAGCGUUUGUUGACCUCCUUUCGGAGGCUACCAGAGUGUUCAACUCCAGAGAACUGGUACGUGGUUUUAGCCCGAUACAGCAUGUCAUGGGACGGGCUCCAGAUGAGACCGGCCGUUUCUUCCCAGUUCCAGUGGGCUGGAGUGAUGAUUUGCUUUGUGAAGGAGCUACUGCUGAGCACACUCGGUGCUAUCAACUGCGUUUGGAGGCCGAAAAGGCCUAUCUGGAUUGGAGCACACGUCAGAGAUUGACCCGAGCGAGUCAUCUGAAACAAGGAAGUUCAAUCUGGCUUGUGCGUGGGCGCCGGCUUCUGAAGUGCAGUGCAGAGCAGCUCAGACAUGCAUCACCAAGAGAACAACUCUUGGAGGAACUACACAGUGAAGAUCCACAACCUUGGAGUUUUACCAAGGUGGCAAAUGAUCUCGGUGGCAAUGAGUAUGAUGACCUCACAGAGGCAGAGGUCCCACUGCAAGAAUGGCACCGAGCCUCAGAUCCUUUACUGGAGAUGCAGCCGAGCAAGCGGUUCCGUGGGAAAAACCGCGUGCUGAUGCCGAGAACACCCACAGCACCAGCAGAUGACGUUCAGGCGGUCGAUCAGGAUCUUCUGGAUGAGUUUGCACCCGAAGCAGGUGGUUCGUCCGGCUCUCGAGCAGUCCGCAGUAGAUCACCUACAAGACCAAGGGUCAAUUUCUCAGAGGGAUACCAUGACUUACCAAAAGAAGAACACUGGAGUAAGAAAGUACAUGAGUCAUAUUUUGUUUCUGAGCCCAAAGACUUCUGGCAUGGUGAACAAGCAGCUGUGCAGCUGGAGAUUGAACUCCCUGACACGCGUGCGAGAUCAGAGAGAGCAUUGAAGGACAUGCAUGCCUUCAUUACUACUUCCUUGAAGCGCAGGGCAGUUGAAGUGAGCGAAAGACGCCUCACACCUACAGAGUUACAAGAGUUUGCCAAGGCAAAAAGCGUGGAGGUGAACAAUUUCAUUGCUGCCAAAGCCUUUGAGGCACUUCCAGCUGACUACCGAGUGGACCGGACACAAGCUGUAAAAAUGCGGUGGAUACUCACAUGGAAGAGAAAAGAUGAUGGCACGAAGAAAGCAAAGGCACGUGCAGUGCUUCUUGGUUAUCAGGAUCCACUCUAUGAGCAUCGGUCGACAAUGAGCCCAACAACGACUCGUCAGACCAGACAGCUACAACUGCAGAUCGCAGCGAGCUGUGGGUUCACAACUGAAAAAGGUGAUGUGACAGGUUAUCCAGUGCAGGUGCGAUCUAUCAACCACUUCUUCACUUCACUGCGCCUUCGGAGCUCCAUCUCUGCCGCACCUGAGUGGAACCUAGCUCCACGGCGAGGCACAAGCAGGCACUUACAAUGGAACAAGACCUCAGUCGGCCGUGAUCCACCUGGCCGCGCUGGCGCCAACGGAGCGCCAGACAGGGUGCUUCACACCGUGCCUGGGGAUCCAGCGCACCCGACAUAG